AAAGGCUGACCACUGAGAAAUCCCAAGUCACCUGCGCGGCUGUGACAUCAAGAUCAAGCGACCAGCUGAGCUCUCACGGGGUGUUUGUUUUGACUUUGUUUUAGAAGUGUUUCUUAAGUGUUACGUAGAAGACAACGCAAGGCAAGAGGCUGUGAGGAUAAAGGAAGAUUCAAUGAAGACGUGAGAGGAAGAAAACCGUGAAAAAGGCGACGUAGAGAGGAGAUAAAGGAAGAAAAUAGGAGGGUGUGGUGUGCCUGUCUUCAAUUGUCCUCCCUUCUCCCUUCCUCUUCUCCUUCAUUUUUUUCUUCCUUCCUCUCCUUCCUUCUUCUUCCUUCCUUCCUCUCCUUCCUUCUUCUUUCUUCCUUCUUCUCUUUCUUGUUCUUUCUUCUCCAUCUCUUUUCUUCUUUUUCCCUCCUUCCUUUUCUUUCUUCCUUCGUCUUCUCUUUCUUCCUUUCCUUCCUUCUUCCUUCCUUCCUUCUUCUCUUUCUUGGUCUUUCUUUUUUCUUCUCCUCAUUCUCUCUUCUCCUUCCUUCUCCUUUUCCCUUCUUCCUUCUCUUUCUUCCUCCUUCUCUUUCUUCCUCUCUUUCUUUCUUCCUUUCUUCUUCUCUUUCUUGUUCUUCCAUCUUCCUCCUUCCCCUUUUCUCUCUUCCUUCUCCCUCUUCUUUCUUUCUCCUUCUUUUUCUUCCUUUCUCUCCUUCCUGGUCCUUCUCCUUCCUUCCUUUUCCUCCUCCAUCCUUUUUUUCAUCCUUUCUCCUCUUCCUUCUUUUCCUUCCGUCUCCCCUUUUCCUUCCUUCCUUCCUCUCCCUCCCAUUACCUGUCUUACCUGCCCCGUCAAGAUGUCAGGUAACGACGUGGGUAACCAGGUCAUUCUUGCCACAGCGAGCUAUGACCACACGAUCAAGCUAUGGCAGGCACACAGCGGGAUAUGCCAGCGGACCCUCAAACACCCCGAGUCCCAAGUCAACGCCAUGGAGAUCACACCCAACCGGCAGCAGUUAGCGGCGGCCGGCUACCAACACAUCCGCAUGUACGACCUCAAGUCCCUGAGCGAGGACCCGGUCAUCAACUAUGAGGGCGUGAGCAAGAACGUGACGGCGCUUGGCUUCCAGGAGGACGGGAAGUGGAUGUUUACGGGUGGUGAAGACUGCACGGCAAAGAUAUGGGAUUUGAGAUCCUACAACCUGCAUGUGUCGAGGAUCUUCCAGGUGACCACACCGGUGACCUGCGCCUGUCUGCACCCCAACCAGGCCGAGCUGUUUGUGGGUGACCAGUCGGGCGUCAUCCACAUCUGGGACAUCAAGACAGAGCACUAUGAACAGCUGAUCCCAGAAGCAGACGCCAGCAUCCAGAGCAUCGCCAUAGACCCCGAGGGCACCUACAUGGCGGCCGUCAACAACAAGGGCAAGGCGUACGUGUGGCGGCUCUCGGGCGGCACCGGAGACAGCCCCACCGCCCUCACACCCGCCCGCUCCCUCCACGCCCACGGGAAAUACGCCCUCAAGGUCAAGUUCAGCCCGGACUCAACCAUGAUGGUGACCACUUCCGCCGACCACACAGCGCGCAUUUGGAAGACCGCUGACUUCUCGCAGAUGACGGAGCUGAGCGACACCAACCAGCGCUGGGUGUGGGACGUUGCUUUCUCCGCAGACUCCCAACACAUUAUUACCGGCUCUUCAGACAAUGUGGCGCGGUUGUGGUCGGUGGAGACUGGCGAGAUCAAGAGAGAGUACAGCGGACACCAGAAGGCCAUCUCCGCCAUAGCCUUCAAGGACGUGCUGUACCCCUCUUGAGACACAGGAGGUGAUGGUACGAUGCAGGAGUGAGCCGUGUGAUUUGACCCUUUGUGGAGGUGGAUUUAAGGGCGCCAGAAAGGACUGGAUCACAUGCAAGAUUACGUCAAGAAUCAGAUUGUUUUUGUGUUGGUUUGUUUGAAAUAUAAGUAAGAUGAUGUGAUCCAACCCUUUGUGGAGGUGGAUUUAAGGGUGCAAGAAAGGACUGGAUCACAUGCAAGAUUAUGUCAAGAAUCAGAUUGUUUUUGUGUCGGUGUGUUUGAAAUAUAAGUAAGAGAUGAUGUGAUCCAACCCUUUGUGGAGGUGGAUUUAAGGGUGCAAGAAAGGACUGGAUCACAUGCAAGAUUAUGUCAAGAAUCAGAUUGUUUUUGUGUCGGUGUGUUUGAAAUAUAAGUAAGAGAUGAUGUGAUCCAACCCUUUGUGGAGGUGGAUUUAAGGGUGCAAGAAAGGACUGGAUCACACACAAGAUUACGUCAAGAAUCAGAUUGUUUUUGUGUCGGUGUGUGUGAAAUAUAAGUAAGAUGAUGUGAUCCAACCCUUUGUGGAGGUGGAUUUAAGAGCACAGGAAGAGACUGGAUCACAUGCAAGAUUACGUCAAGAAUCAGAUUGUUUUUGUGUUGGUGUGUUUGAAAUAUAAGUAAGAGAUGAUGUGAUCCAACCCUUUGUGGAGGUGGAUUUAAGAGCACAGGAAGAGACUGGAUCACAUGCAAGAUUACGUCAAGAAUCAGAUUGUUUUUGUGUUGGUGUGUUUGAAAUAUAAAUAAGAGAUGAUGCGAUCCAACCCUUUGUGGAGGCGGGCAUAGGAAGAGACUGGAUCACACACAAGCUCGCCUCAAGAAUCAGACUUUAUUUGUGUGUCCGAUUCCUUGCUCUGUGUGCCAAUGUAACUAAAAGACAAUGUGCAUGGGAGGUGUGUAUAGCCAGGGAUGGAAGGAAGGUGCCUCUGGAUAUCCUAAGAGAGGAGUAAACAGUUCAAUUCUACCUCUUCCCUUUCCUCUUUCUUCUCCUUAAGCCAAGAAUAUUAUGUUUUGGGGUCUCUGGGGAACAUGUCUAAAGAUACUACUUGAAUGUUUCGUUUUUCCACCUUUAAGAAGUUGUAUACCAUGUGGAAUUCUGUGACUAUUUGAAUUAUAAAGUGGAGAACAUCUUGACCCACUCUCUCCUUGCUGAGUUUGCCUGAUGUGAAAGGGAUGUUAGUAAGGGAGGAAUGAGAGGUGAAUGCAAGGUUAUGGGCUCCCUCGGGCCUGGGAUGGAAUUCUCAGACGCCUCGCCCUCUUACAUCAACUACAGUCAUCCCUCAAACAGGACGGUUUCCAAUAGUUCGGUUUCGGUUUUAUUCGGAUUGUCAUAGAAGAUCUUUUAAGGAUUUUUAUGUUUCCUGCUCGUCGUCAGGAAAUUUAAAAAUCCUAAAAAAAUCUUCAAUGAAAAUCUGUAUAAAACCGAGACCGAACUAUUGGAAACCAUACUAUUUGAGGGACGACUGUAUUUCCAAAGGCUGAAAAGGAGAUCAAUCGGGUCCUCACGAGUGUUUUCUUAGGUUCACGGUACAGAAGAAGGAUCGAACUACCACCAGAGUUAUAGAACCACUCAAGAAAAUGGCCCAAACUCCUACGAAAGCCUUGCAAAAUAUAUGUACUAGGGUGCUGAAAUGUUUGGCGCCUGGUCUUAUUGAAUUAUGGAAUGUGGGGUAAAUGUAUGGUGAUUGUUUCUCUCUGUUUCUUUGUCUGUCUGUCUUUAUGUGUGUCUGUCUCUUGGUUUUACAGGAUGAAGGAGAGGAGAGAGUAAAUAUGUGGUGGUUAUUUCUGUUUCUUUGUCUGUCUUUCUGUGUCUGUUUUUGUUUGUUUCUUUGUUUUCUCUUGGUUUGACAGGACUAAGGAGAGGAGGGAGUAGAUAUAUGAUGAUGAUUUUUCUCUUUCUGUCUGAUUUUCUGUCUGUUUCUCUUAUAGUCUUUUAUUGUGACUUAAUAUUAAAACCUUGAAGGAUGA